UGGAAGAGCAUCAUGUGCUCGCCCAGGACUGCGGAGCCUGCGCUGCUGAUACUCCUGGAUGUGCUGGGGAGCUGGCCCUGUGCACAGCAUGUGCACCUCCGAUGGGGACAAAACGGGUGUCUUGGUCCUGGCUGCCACUGUGGUGAUGUGGAAGAUCCUCCAGGUUCCCUGUGUCCCACACAUGGUGACGGUGUAUUUCCCCCGCCUCUUUGUGCAUCUGCUCUUCCAAGUGUUCUUCACCACUCUGGAUAUGCCAGAGGCGGUGGAUACCUUUUGGAAGGGGUGCCAAGAGCAAUAUGACCUUGCCACCAGCCCCAACAGGUUUGCAGUGCGGACCCUGAAGUCCCUGCUCUGCCGAAUGCAGCACGAGGAUGUGGUGGUGGCGAUGGAAGCACCAGCGUGUGGCUGGGACACGCUGCUGUGUGCUGACACCCACCACUAUGCCGUGGCUCUGCUGGCCAGGGAGAUGUCCUGUGUCUCCAUCUCCUUGUGCUCCCGCAUCGCUCGCUACCUGCUCCGGCUGCUCAGCACACAGGAGCCACGCUGGGAGCUGCCCGCCCUGGCCUUCCUUGCGGAGGUCCUCAAGUUCCUGGACUUGAGUGAACGCGGUGCUAAGAGAGUCCUGCAAAUCUUGUCAAGGCACCUGCGGAGCGAGUGCAGGGAGAGGCGUCGCCUGGCACUCAGGGCCCUUCUCGAGUUCACUGACGAGCCCUCCAUGACCAAAAAAAUGUGGAGCCUGACUGAAAGCCUUGUGGAGCUCCUGCAGGACACAGAUGGAGAGAUAGUUUGCAUGACGGUCAUGCUACUCAGCUUUAUUAUCUUGGACAAUGACACGCUGAUAGCCGGCCCCAUCACACUGCAGCUGGUUGAGGCGCUCCUGCCACUCUUUGACCACGACAAUAACCAGGUGCAGGUGCUCUCCAUACUCCUCUUCCGAACAUUGGUGACUCUUCCACAGAAAAAGGAAAAAAAGGCCCUGAAGACACCCCUGUGCCAGAGCCUGCUGCCACUCUUCUUCCACUGCCAUGAUGAGAAUCGGCUUGUGGCACAGGUUUCUCAGGAAACGCUGCUUUGUGUGGCCGAGUUCCUGAAGAGGAGGGAUCUUGAAAAACAGUUGAAGAACAAGAAGCUGUGGAAGUUCACCGAGUGCCUGGUAAGGACGGCCUGGAAGCCCCAGCCUCAGCCUGGAGAAGCCCCCUGA